AUGGCAGGUGUUCACGUUUCUACUUCACAAUCUUCCUCGUCAUCGUCGACAGCAGCUUCAUAUUCUUCAUCUUUUAUAUAUAUGGACCUUCCAGUCAUCAAGUCAAAAUUAAGUUUAACAAAGUUAUUAGGCUUGAAUGCUAUUGUUUGCGGCAUUGAGUUUUGUGGGAGCGCUGCGUUCUGCUUCAUACCUCCCAUGUUGUUGAAGGCAGGGAUCAGUGAGCAGUACAUGUCCAUGGUUCUGGGGGUUGGACCUCUCAUGGGCAUUUUCUUGGUCCCAAUUAUCGGUCGAUCCAGUGAUAAAUGUACUAGUCAGUUUGGAAGACGAAGGCCUUAUAUUCUGCUCUUAAGUAUUGUUUUAUUGUUUUCUUUAUUUAUUCUCUUGACAGCCAAGUACAUAGGGACAGUUAUUGUUGGUGGGGGUGAAGUGGGUCGGUUCACAACCAUUCUUUUCCUUGUGAUUGGUUCUGUGUUUUUAGACUUCACAUGUCAAGUUUGUUUAACUCCAUGUGAGGCACUGUUAUCAGAUCUGAGCAAAGAUACUGACCAGCAUGGGAAGUGUUUCACUGUUUAUUCAUUCAUGAUCAGUUUUGGCGGUUGUGUUGGUUACCUCAUCACAGCUCUUGAUUGGAGUGGCAGUUAUGUUGGAACCUAUUUUGGCACGCAAGAGAACUGCAUCUUCAUCACUCUCAUCAUCAUGUACAUUAUUAGCAUGUUCCUAACGUUCAACACUGCAAAAGAAAUCCCUCUACGAGAUAUUUUAAAGAUAAAUUCAGAAAAAAUGUCAAUUUCAUCAAUGAAGCCAGCAGAUCUGGGUUAUGUUAGUGAUGAACCAGCCAACGAAGAUUCAAAUCAUGCAGACUCACUUGAAUUCAAUGUUACAAUAAGCGUGCCAUUCACUAAAUGGUCUACCAUCAAUUUAACAAAUUUAAAGCAACAUAUCAUUUCAACAUCUUAUUCCAUGUUGCCUACUGUCUUGAAACGAUUAUUCAACAUUCCUUAUGUUCUGCGUCAACUUGCUCUGGCCAACUUUUGCAGUUGGACAGCUGUUAUGAUUUUCAACUUGUUUUACACCGAUUAUAUCGGUCAGAGCAUUUACAAGGGGGACCCAAAUGCACCUGAAGAUUCAGAACUUAGAAACUGGUAUGAUGAGGGUGUGAGGAUGGGUAGUUGGGGACUACUAUGGCACUGCAUACUGUCAGCCAUCUACUCCACCUUUAUUGACAGGAUUGCUUCUAAUCUAAACUUACAGAAAACUUACUUGAUUGGAAUGGCUUCAUUUACUGUUUCUCUAUUUAUCAUGCUCUUUGCCAAUGAUAUUUGGCUGGCUAACAUAUGCGCCACAUGUACAGGUUUCGGAUAUGCAACACUUACCACUGUGCCUUACCUACUCUUGACUGCUUAUCAUGACAAUUCAGAUGUGUACUUCUGCGACACGCACAACGGAUGCAUCGUACCGUACAGGGGCAUAGGAGCGGACCUGUCGAUCCUGGAUAGUGCCUACUUCUUAUCACAAGUCAUGCUGACCGGCUUCAUGGGCUACAUCGUGCAGCACUGCGGAAGCGUCCUCGCCUAUAUCGUCUGCUCGUCGUUCAUGGGACUGCUCUCUCUCUUCUGCAUCUUUAACAUUGUUUACGAACCAAACCAGAUGACAAAGUUUCUCAAAAACUCCAAAAGGGUCGUCAAAUGAUUGGGGCCUAUAGACAUUUUUGUAGACUCCAUAUAACGAUGUUUGAGCUACUGAUGUCAAGUAAUGGUUAAUGAUGAGAUUCUCUUUGAACUAAUCAUUAUCUCAUGGUUAUUUUACUUAGUUCAAUUUUAAUUUGUUUUUUCCCGACGGACGUGUUGCGUCACUACGGAGAAACUGCAUCAGUCACAUCACGUCAUAUUUUCAAUUGAAAUUAUUUUUAUAUAACAUUAUGAGAUAUCAUGGGCAAAGAUUUUAUAUUCCAGGACAGCAGUAUUAUUAAAUAAACCCAAUUUGUCUUAAGUGUGUUUUGUUCAUGUUGACUAUGUAUCACGUGCUAAACAAUCAUGAGUUGUCAAUUUUUGCUCAUUCGUCAUUACGCCACUGCCGUCAUUAUCUAAGUAUAUUGUUGAUCCUAACAGUCAUCGGCAUUGGAAUUGUUAUGACAGUUUUGCAUCUUAACUUACCUAAAUGAAGUACGCUUGCACGCAUGAACAACAGUAUUCACGUAACUUCGGCGCGUCUUGUAGAAAAGUCAUUUUUUAAAAUUUUAUUUUAAAAUCAUUUGCUCUGGUAAUAUAUACUAUAUUUAUUGUAUGAUAUUGUUUAGCUAUGUACAUUUAGUCAUUAGCUCAUUUUAUUCUUCCAAUAUAUAUAUUUUUUAUUUUAUAAAUAGGGGAUUAAAAAUGUAAGCAAUGAGGUACUGACUGUAUUUAGGGUUAAAUUUGUUUUUAACUGUCACACAUCUUUGUGCACUUUCCGAUGUCUUUUAAAAGUUCAUCUUGAAUUUAAACAAAAACGUGGAAACUACUUUCAUGCCAAAAUGUUUCCUCGCUUCUUAUUGGUAGUAAAUCAUCUUCAACCGAUUCAUUCAAUUUUAUACGUAAUCACAAUUUUUGUAGUAUCCAUAUGAUAAUAAUACAUUUAUCCGGCGAUCCAUUUGUUAUACUAUGUAGGGUGUAGUAAUGAGUGUCGCCUUAUUUGCUGAUAUGAAUGCAAAUUUAUAACCAUUUAAUUAUACAGUAUAAUAUGUAUUACAUAUAAUGGGUAUCGAUGUCGUGUGCUGGCUUAACCAGAGUUUAUUUCAAAUUCAAUUCCGUAUCCGUGCAACGAUAUUUUUGCUUUUUUGCCAAUAUUUGUUAUUAUAUUUCUUCAUUUGUUCAAUCACGGUUGGUUUCAUUUCUUUCCUCUACAGUCAAAUUUUUUAUCUUUUUGGCCGAUUUUGUUUUUCCAAUCUCUGUUCAUCAACUCGUCAAUAUUAAUAAUUAAUAAUUAUUAUUUAUUAAUUCGAUGAAGUUUUUUUCAAUUCGGCUAACAAACAACGAUCACAAUAUUGUUAAUAUCAUGUCCUCGGUUUAUUAAAUUGUUUUUAUGUGAAAUUUUGUUUUCUAAGAAUUUGUAUAAAAAUGAA